AUGCAUAUCAUUAAACCUGUAUGGUUGACUCACGGAGGUGAACGGAAGGAUUUUGAGGUUUACAGUUGCGAUGUUUCACCUGAUGGGAAGCGACUUGUCACGGCUGCUGGAGAUGGAUACGUCCGCAUCUGGUCUACAGAGGCCAUCCAUAACACCGACAAGCCGGAAUUCGCAAGCAAGCCCAAACAGCUGGCUUCCAUGAGCAACCAUUCGGGUACCAUUCAUACAGUCCGCUUUUCACCCAACGGCAAAUACCUCGCCUCUGGCGCGGAUGAUAAAAUCGUCUGUGUCUACACGCUUGAUUCAAGUCCUCCCACACACUCGACAUUUGGCUCCGACGAAGCACCCCCCGUCGAAAACUGGCGGACAAUUCGCCGGUUGAUCGGCCAUGAUAACGAUGUGCAGGAUUUGGGAUGGUCACACGAUUCGUCGAUUCUCGUUUCAGUGGGACUGGACUCCAAGAUUGUUGUUUGGUCCGGACACACUUUUGAGAAAUUGAAAACGAUAGUAGUGCACCAAAGUCAUGUCAAGGGCAUUACCUUCGAUCCUGCCAACAAGUAUUUUGCGACUGCUAGUGAUGAUCGAACCGUGCGCAUUUUCCGAUUCACCUCGCCUGGACCCAACUCCACCUCCCACGACCAGAUGAACAACUUCAUGUUAGAACACACAAUCACGGCGCCCUUCGCCAACUCCCCGCUGACUGCCUACUUCCGCCGCUGUUCGUGGUCCCCGGAUGGGAUGCAUAUCGCCGCUGCGAACGCAGUCAACGGACCCGUGAGUUCUGUUGCGAUCAUCAACCGUGGAUCGUGGGAUGGAGAUAUCAAUCUUAUUGGGCACGAGGCGCCGGUCGAGGUGUGCUCAUUCUCUCCUCGCCUUUACUCCAAAGAACCCAUCGACAAGCACCAGACCGACAACCACGUCGCUCAACAUCACAUCACGGUGAUUGCUUGUGCGGGUGCAGACAAGUCUCUGAGUGUUUGGAUCACAAGCAAUGCUCGUCCAAUUGUGGUUGCGCAAGAAAUGGCCGCCAAGUCAAUGUCCGAUCUCGCAUGGAGCCCUGAUGGCAAAUGCCUUUACGCAACUGCCCUCGACGGUACUAUCUUGGCGGUGCGUUUCGAAGACGGCGAGCUGGGCUGGGCCACCGAGAUGGAAGAAAAUGAAAAAUCUCUCACAAAGUUUGGUACCAACCGCAAAGGGGCGGGUAUCACAGAAACAACGGAUGGCUUGCUGCUUGAGGAGCAGAGCAAGGCUGGCGAGCUCAGGGGCGUUGAAGGCCGCAUGGGAGCCCUGAUGGGCGAUGGACACGCCCAGCCUGCUGCCACUAAUGGAAACUCGCGGCGGCAGCAGCAGCAGCGGUUGCGACGGCGGCAGCAGCUCCUUCAAAUGGCACGACGCCUGCCCGAGUUCCGUCCCCAGCGCCGGAAUGGUCGAAAGCGUAUCGCACCUUUACUCGUUUCCGGCGCUGGGGCCGGUGAGUCUUCACUACCUCAGACGCGGUUGAUGGCAUCGGUGAGCUCUCAGGUCAAGGGCGAUGCGCCAACUUCUAUAGUCGACCUCUCCAAGCCUUUUGACGGCCUGCCAAAAGGUGGCCUCACCACAUUGUUGUUUGGAAACAAGCGCAGGCUAGCACAGCUGGAGGGUGAAGAGGAGGGACAAGUCGAAAAGCGUGUUGCAGUAGCCAGCCAGAAUGGAGCGACUCCGAUCUUGUCCAACACUCUUGAUGGCCUUUUACCGGCAGUUGUAGAGCCUCCUGUCUCGGGUCAACAGCCAACGCCGGAAUUCAUUCGUCCUGCGGUCACGAAUCCCUGCAUGUCCAUCAGCCAGACACGACUAGCAGUGCCUAAAAUCCGCAGUUUUAUCUUGCGUGCCCUUGACCCUAAUGGAAAGCCAACUGAGCCGCCUAACCAGGCAGGAGAGUCAAACGCAAAAGACAAAGGUCGCAUCGACGUAGUUUUCGAGGCGAAGAAUCCCUCACCCGCCAGUCUGACAGGGCGAGCUGUCGAUCGCGAGCCAGUGCGUCUCACUUUGUUCCGCGGCGAGCAGCCCCUAUGGCAAGAUUUCUUGCCCAAGUGCGUGCUUCUGGUCACCGGCAAUCAAAACUUGUGGGCCGCAGCGUGUGAAGACGGGUCUGUUUACCUCUGGACACCCGCGGGGCGCCGCUUGGUCAGUGCUUUGGUACUGGAGGCACAGCCAGUCAUUCUCGAGUGCAAUGGCCCUUGGGUUCUAUGUAUCUCUUCAGUAGGAAUGUGCUACGUCUGGAACGUGAAGCACCUCUCCUCUCCUCACCCACCCAUCUCUCUUCAGCCUGUCCUUGAUGCUGCGAUUCACACGCUUGGGGGCAACCCUACCUCGGCACCCGCUGUCACCGAUGCUCGCAUCAACUCGGAAGGACGGAUCGUCGUUUCACUGACCAAUGGGGAGGGCUACUCUUAUUCCCCUGCUAUGUACACAUGGCAGCGUGUCUCGGAAGCAUGGUGGGCUGUUGGUAGUCAAUACUGGAACUCCACAGAUGCACCCGUGGGUAAUCUGCAGGCCCGAGAAGGCAGUCAAGAGAACAAGGAAUCCAAAGCUGCGGUCUCAGCUGGCAUCAUUCCUUUCUUGGAGCGCAACACUACGAAUGAAACCCUUCUGCGCGGUCGUGCAUACUUCCUGCAACGACUUAUCAAGGUCUUGCUGUCACGAGAGGGGUAUGAGACAUUCGAGUCGAGCGUUUCCAUUGCCCAUUUGGAGAAUCGCAUGGCAGCGGCGCUAUCGUUGGGUGCUAAGGAGGAGUUCCGGCUUUAUCUGAAUAUGUACGCCAAGCGCAUCGGUGCGGAAGGCUUGAAGGGUAAGGUCGAAGAGCUGUUGAAGGGCCUCAUUGGUGGACUUUUCGAUGAUGAGGAUGGGUCAGAGACCGUCGCGAAGCUUCAGGCGAACGAGCACGAGGGCCGCAAUUGGCGCGAGGGAUCCGACGAUCUUUGCGGAUGGCCACGCGAGACCUUAUUGAAAGAAGUUAUACUUGCGCUCGGCAAAUAUCGCGAGCUUCAACGGGUGACCGUCCCGUACGCCAAACUUCUCGACAUGGUCGACACCACCUCCGAGGCAGGAGACGCGAUGGAUCUUUGA